AUGUCUUCCAAUGAUAAGAAUUCCAAGGAUGAUAUAAGGUCACAGUUGUCUGAUAUGCAGAGACGAUUGUUUAGCAAAAAGUCGUCACACAACGCGCUAAGAGAAUCUACUAGUUCCAAUCUGCUGCAAUUGCUACCAGAACACACAUUGUCUCAGCAUCACGAUCAAGAAAAUGCUUUCGCUCCAUCACUACAGCCAGGGAGGCGUCCUGGGGGUGAAUUGGGGUUACCAGCUGUGAAAAGAUCGAAAAAGGGGGAGAAACUGCAUCCUUCAUUACCUUUAGGAGCAGAGUCAAAGGGUAAUGAUAUGAAUUUUGUUGUUGGAUUGAGUGAAAACCUAUUAACUGAAUGUCGAAGGUUGAAUGCAGAUAAUACCAAGUUGAAGCUGAAAUUGAAACAAGCAUUGCAGGACGUGGAAACCUUGAAGGAGGAAACUCUCAGAUUAAGCAACGCAAAUCAAUCAUAUAGUACCAACGAAAGUGAGUUAAAGGAUAAAAACUGGCAAUUGGAGAGUCAAAUUAGCAGUUUGAAGAAUGAUUUGCAACUACUUGAGAAAAGUAAUGACAAGUUGAAGGUGCUACAAGAGGACAUGAAUAGCAAGUUGAAUGAUAUAACGAGAAACAAUGAUGAGCUAGACAUCACAAACUCCUUAUUACUGAAGAAACUAAAGGAUAUGGAAACCAAAUACGAAAAGGAUAUCAGAGAAUUGAGUCAACGCGUGGAGAGUCUCAAUGAUGAGAAUGACAUUUUACAAUCGAAAGUUGCCACUACUCUCCCGAUGGUUAAAGAUAUGAAUGCCAUUGGUAGAUCCGAAACUCCAAAGCAAACGUCAACAGAUAUAGAGACUAGUUCCGAUGUUUAUGUUUCGGGGCUUGAAUCAAUUUUGAAGGAGCUAGAGCAGACCAAAAACAUGUCCUUAGAUUCAAAGAACUUAACCGUGGACAAUGCAAUAUCACAAUUGAAGAUCUUCUUAAGUGGCAUACCGUCUCGUGGUACAAAUACUCCAUCUACCAAUCAAGUACAAAGUACGCCAUCAACCCCAGAAAGAAGAAAAGAGACUUCUGUGAGAUCUUUCUGCAACGAGAGACAGGCUGACCUGGAAACAGGUAACUUAUCCGAACUUUCUCCGAAUGGGGGUGCUGGCUGGGAUCAAUUCCUUGGACAAAAUAUCGAGAGCACACCUUCAAAGCUGAAGUUUGGAGAGGCUACUCUACAACCUGUGGACAUUGAAGAAGCAAAUCGAAGUUACAAUCUUGGAGCAUCAAUAGAGGAUUCCCCAAUCACUGGCAUUAAACACGCCGUAUGCUUUGAGAACACUUACUCUGAAGAAGAUCUUUUCAAGUUAAUUAAAAACUUGCCCAAGAAUAAUGUGCACGAUGCAAAAAUCAAGGCAUUAGCUGAGGGUAGAGGCAUGAAGCUAAUGUCAACUUCCGAAUAUCAAGAUCUAGUUGACGAGGUAGACGCCGUUAAGUCAAAUCACGAAGGGACCAUCGCUAUACUGGAAACAAGAUUACAAGAGCUUGAUCAAAAAGCAAAAUCGUACGAUCAACCCGAUAUAAAAUACAUUACAGAUCAUGCCAAAUUGCUUGGAUUUGUUCUCAUUGAUGAUGAUGCUUAUAAAGAAUUAAAUAACCUUGCCAAAACCCCAAGCAUUGACUACAUAGCUCAAAGGGCGAAGGAACAUAACAAAUCUUUAAUCUCAAACAAGGAGUUACAACUCCUUGUUAAUCCUAAUGAAGAGCAGAUAAGGAAAAAAGCAGAAAAGUUGGAUUUAAAAGUUUUGUCUAAAUCUGAAGUUGCAUCUUCGAAGGCUCCAUCUUUAUCAACUGUUAAGGAACUAGCAUUGAAACAUGAUCACGUUAUUAUACCAUCUGAGGAACACAAUACCACGCGUGAGAUGAUAAGUAGUCCGACUUUGGAUUACUUGAGAAAGCACUUAAAAACCCAUGAGCUUACGCCAAUGAGUAAUGAGGAUGUCCAAGAUUUGCUCGAAAAGGCUAAAAACCCAAGCAUUGACGAAGUUAAGCAUCAAGCUAACAAGAAGGGGUUGACGACCUUGACAAAAGAAGAGCACGAGGAAUUGUCUUCGCUAGCUCAUGAUCCAAGUAUUGAACAUUUAGAACAAUCCGCUAAAGAGAGAGGUUAUUCUCUCGUUGAAAAGCAGAGUUUGGAAACCUUGAAGAAGAUGUCAUCAGAUCCACCUGUCUCCCAUAUACGUAAUGUUGCAUCGAAAAACAAUAUGAGCGUUCUUCCGUUAACCGAAUAUAAUGAGUUGGAGCGGUUAUCCAAUGAUCCCGAUUUGGAACAUAUUAGGGAAGUUGCGUCAAAGAUCGGCUACUCGGUGCUUUCAAAUGAUGACUUUGAGGAGUUGAAACAUAAAGUGGAAGAUCCAAGUAUUGAACAGCUUGAAUCUGCCGCUGAAAAGAAGAGUUACAAGGUGGUAUCAAACGAUGACUAUCAAUCUAUAGUUAAAAGAGCCAAUGAUCCUGAUUUGGAACACAUCAAACAAGUAUCAGAUAGACACAGUCACCGAGUUGUUGAAACCGCUGAGUUUAAAAAUAUUGAGAGACGUGCGAAUGAACCUACAAUUGAGGAAAUCAAGUCCAACGCAUCCAGAAUGGGAAUGGUUGUUGUCGAUCAAAAAGAAUACCAAAAGAUGAGUCAUCCUACAAGUGAAGAUCUUCGAUCCCAUUGUGAAAGAAUGGAUCUCCAUCUCUGUAGCCAAUCCGAAUUCAAUGAACUUUGUGAUAAACUAGAAAACCCCAAGUUGGAUUAUUUAAUGUGUGGUGCAGAAAUGCAUGGAUAUUCCUUGGUCGAUGAUAAGGAACUUAAUGCUUUGAGAAAAAGCACAAAUGAGCCGGAUCUAGCACAUUUAGAGGAAAAAGCACACAAAAUCCAUUAUGUUGUCGUGCCUGAAGAUAAAUUCGAAUCAAUGGAGAGGCAAAUAUCCAAUCCAAGUGUUGACGAAUUACAAUCCUUGGCUCAAUUAAUUGGCUCUGUUGUCCUUGAUAAGCUGGAAUACAGUAAGCUAACAAAUCCUUCAAGAGAUAUGCUUGAAAAGAAUGUCUCUACGUUUGGUUAUUCAAUGAUUACCACUAGUGAAAUGGAGAGAUUGAAACAAUUAGAGAAUGAACCUUCGAAGGAAUUUUUGGUUUCGAGGGCAUCAAACAGGAAUUUAGUAGUUGUACCAAAGGAAGAAUACGAUGAAUUGAGUGUCAAAGCUAAUAAUCCUUCCAAAGAGCAUUUGGCUCAGAAAGCAAAAGAUAUCGGUUUUGUCGCUAUUCCUAGACAAGACCAUGAGACCUCGCGUUCACAGUUAGACAACCCUACUAUUGACUUUUUGAGAGACAAGGCUAGGUUAUACGAUCAGGAGUUGAUCUCAUCUUCGACCUUGACCCAAUUACAAAACACGGUGAGUCGCCCAAGCUUAGAGUAUUUGGACGAAAAAGCCAGAGACCAUAAGGCAACCGUUGUGGAUGCAAAGGAAUACAGUAGGCUAGUUGAAUCUGAAGCAUCCCCAAACAUAGAGCGAAUUAAAGACAAAGCUCUAAAAAAUGGUUACGAUAUUGUGCAGCUAGAUGAACUCGCAGAAUUGAGGAGGAUAAGCGAUGAUCCGAAAGUUGAUGAUGUGAGCAGAAUGGCUGCUGCUUUGGAUCUUGUGGUCUUGUCAGAGUCAGAGCACACUGAGCUUUCUCGCAGUAUCGAGUCGCCUACCAUUGAGUACCUAAAUGAACACGCUGAUAAAUUGAACUUUACUAUGGUUGAAUCGCAAGUCUAUGAUGAUUUGAAGGCGUUUGUUGAGUCUCCAUCAAAAGAAUUUAUAACGGAGAAAGCACAUUCUGCAGGGUUAGCAGCUGUGCCAGAAGAAGAGUAUUUGGUAUUGUGUCACAAAGCAAAUGACCCAGAUUUAGAUGAAUUGAUGGCCCAAGCAAAAUCUAAGAAGAUGACUUUGAUAAAUAUCAAUGAGCUUGAAAAGUUGCAUUCACAAAUCGACAGCCCCAACACAGAAUACUUGUCCGAGCAUGCUGAGAAGGUCGGUAGUGUCAUGAUACCUAAAGAAGAAUUGACCGCAAUGAAGCAACAGAUUGAGUCGCCGACGAAUGAAUACUUAAAAACGCAAUGUGACAAACACAAGUUGGCAGUGCUUCCAGAGUCGGAGCUAGCGAAGCUACGAUCAACAGUUGAGUCGCCAUCCGUGGACUUUUUGUCUGAGAAGGCAGAAGCCAAAGACUACAAGGUUAUCAAGAAUGCAGACUACCUGGACAUGGUCAAGAAAAUUGAAAACCCAGAUAUCGAGUAUCUAAAGAAACAUGCUGCGGAUCAUGAAGCGGUGCUUAUUACUCGUCUGGAAUAUAAUUCAUUGGCUGAACCAGAUAAAUCAACAAUGGAAGCUAAGGCAUCGGCCCUAGGGUUCGUGGUGAUGGCCCAGUCUGAUUUUGAGAACAUGAGAAAGAGCUUAGAGACGCCUGAUCUUGAUUACUUAAACACCAAAUCGAAAUUGCUUGGUCACGAAUUAAUUAGUAGCGAUCAAUUGGCUUCUUUGCAUACCUCGAUUGACAAUCCUAGUCAAGAUUACCUUAACCAAAAGGCUGCUUCUGUGGGCAGCGCAAUUGUUGGGAAAGCCGAACUUGAUCAUUUACGUGCAUCAGUUGAAGCAAAGGAAUUGAAGACUUUUACAUCGACAACAACUGAAUCGAAUAGAGAUGCAGGAGAAUCAUCAAAAAUGGAAGAGUCCACACAGGAUGGCGAUGUUGAAGAACAACAGUUGAAGCAACUAUCACAAGAACUCCUCGUUACCGAUGAUAAUGAAGCUGCAGUGAAUAAGAUGAAAACUUAUUUGAAUGGCCAUGGUUACACGAUAAUUCCUGUGACAAAUACUCGGUCGAGCUCCAACUCUACUGACCUUAAUGAGGAUGAUGCAAAGUAUUCAUUCGAGGUUAUAAGAAACCAGCAACCUCGUAAGAAUGAGGAUGAAACAACAGAAUAUGGUCACCAUCCCCUAAGAACCAUUAGUGAGAACACCAUAGCCAAUGCGGCAAAUCUGUACUCGCUCUCACUUGUACCCGAUUCUGAGUACAUUUCUUUGAAAAAGGAUCGUGUGAAUAAGGAAAGGCUCGAAAAUAGAAUCAAAGAGAUAUCAGCCAAAUUAAAUGAAUUGGAAUACGAUUUGGUAGAGAGGAAAGAUGUUAUCAGGAGUCUCGAAAACGAUAUACUGCAAAUUGAAUGGCUGGUAUCCAAAAAACACAUUAGAUCAUGUGCAAAAAACCUUGGCCUUUUGUGCAUUAGUGCCACCUACUAUGUCGGUACUACCACCCAUCCUCGCCCAGAUGUCGAUCACGUGAAAAUUCUUCCUGCAAGUUAUUUCAAUCAGCUUUUGAAAUACAAAUCGUCCUCUGUGGAGAAAAUUUCGGACGAUACUUUUGAUCAAUUCGCAAAGAAACGAGGCUAUGUCAAAAAAGAUUUGGAGACACUAGAUGUGACUUCUGUUCAAUCAGGCGGUGGCGUUAAUGAGAAGGUUAGACAUCCGGAUGGACACUCUUUGAUUCGCAGUGCCAGUCCAGAUGGAACGCACGCACCACCUAUGGCGCACCUACAGAGGCAUAUUCCCCACUCGAGUUCAUUAAGGUCGAACCUUUCGGAGUUUUCCACAACAUCGCUCAGAUCAAAUGGCAUGUUCUCAAUGGCCACUGAUGUGUCCUUUACAGAUAAACUGAUGAUUCCAGCUAUCACGCAAGUUGUUAUUGGUGAGUACCUUUUCAAAUAUUACAGAAGAUUUGGCUCGGCUUUUAGUGCAAUUGCAGAGACUAGACAUGAAAGAUAUUUCUGGGUUCAUCCGUACUCAUUAACACUAUACUGGUCUGAGAGUAACCCCGUAUUAUCCAAUCCGGCAUCAAGGAAAACCAGAGCUGCUGCCAUAGUGGAUGUUGAUAGUGUUAAUGACAAUAAUCCAAUUCCAACUGGGUUAUACCACAAAAGUAUUAUAGUGCACUCCACUGAUAGGGCGCUCAAAAUCACCUGUGCAACAAGACAGCGUCAUAAUAUUUGGUAUAAUGCUUUGCGCUAUUUGAUUCAUCGUAAUAUUGACGAUUUGAGUGUUGAUGAGGAGGCAGAAGAUAAUGAUGGCAUUGAGGCAUCCACUAUACUGCAUUUGAUGGAAUUUCCAAAGUCAGGUUCUCACAGGAAUCUCGAAGCGUUAAAAGAUACAGGAGACCGACGAGUAUUUCCAAGACCAAAACGAGUCACUUCUCAAGAGGGAAUACAAACGCCUAGGACGCCGGGAGGUGUUUCGAGACUUCUGUCAUUUAGACGAUCUUGA